AUGAAGACUAUGAUCCUGCUGUUUUGUCUUCUCGGAACGACUCAGUCAUUACCACAGCUUAACUCUGCUUUGGAAGUAUCCCCAACAAAACUGGCUCCAGAUCAGGUGACUCCACUAACCCAACAGCAGCCUAGUCAGGUCUUCCCUUCCUUAAAUCUGAUACCAUUAACGCAGCUGCUCACCCUGGGGUCAGAUCUGCGACUGCUUACUCCUGCCCCAGGGCUGGCCCCUGGUGCCCAGAAACUGCCGCUAACCCUGGGGGCACUGAAUGGACAAAAUCAGCAGCAACCACAAAUGUUACCAAUUUUUGUAGCACAAAUUGGAGCCCAGGCUACUAUCCUAAGCUCUGAGGAACUGCCAUUGGGCUCCCAGAUUUUCACAGGCCUCCUCUUGCAUCCUCUGUUCCCUGGAAGCAUCCUGCCCACCAGUCAGUCAGGGGCUAAUCUAGAUGCCCAGAAUGGAGCCCUUCCAGGGGGACAAGCAGGAGAGAAUGCUAAUAUCCAGGCCACCCCAGAGGGCCACCUUUUGACUCCUGGUGUCACCGAUGAUGACUUUGAAGCAACUACCCCUGCAGGCAUCCAAAGGGCCACACACACUACCAAGGGGAUCACCACAGGGUCACCAAAUGGUGAAGAGACCAGUGUGCAUCAGGACACACACAGGUGGUCCUCAAACGAUGGUCAUGCCAGGAAAAGAGCCAAGUCUAAUCCCAAGCUGAAGUUAGUACACAGUCUGGCAGUAUGUGAGGAGUUCUUUACUCCAUUCGCUGAUGGGCCAUUAGAAGCCCAGGAUAUAAUUCAGUUGCACAUCAGCAGCCCCUCUGACAAAGAGGAAGAAAAUCCCAAAAAAGAUGUCUCUGAAAAGGAGGAUAAGGACAAAAGAAAAAAUAAGGCCCCAAGGAAAAUGCUGUUCAGUGACUCUAGCCAAGAUUAUACACACUCCACUGGAAUAGAUUUACAUGAAUUUCUUGUAAAUACACUGAAAAAAAACCCAAGGGACAGAAUGAUGCUGCUAAAAUUAGAACAGGAGAUUCUGGCAUUUAUUAAUGACAAUAAUAACCAGUUCAAGUAGUUUCCUCAGAUGACCUCAUAUCACUAGAUGCUAUUACAGUGGGUAGCUGCCUAUUUUGGGAUGGACCACAAUGUUGAUCAAACUGUCAUCAACCAGAAGACCAGCAACACAAAAAUCCCUGAAUGGAGAUUCUCAGAACAUAUAAAGGAUGAGAGGAAUACAGAAUUCCAACAGAGAUUCAGUCUCAAGAGAGAUGAUACCAGUAUGGACCGAGAAGAUAACCAGAUCAGAGUUCCAUUGCAGGAUGGAAGGAGGAGCAAGUCAACACAAAAGAGAGAGGAGAAAUAUCAAAGGGUCCAAGAGAGAAUUUUUGCCUGAGAGACUGGCCAGAAUGGAUAUCUAAAUGACAUCAGGGGAAGAGAAGGGCUGAGCCAAACCUCAAGCAGCUGCCAGAACAAAGACAGUGAACUCAAAUCCUUGGAGUCCCAGCCUUGGAGCAGUACAGACUCAGAUGGCUCUGUCCAAAGCAUGCAACCCCCUGUCACCAAAGCCAUCAGCUUCAGCGGAAUCUCUAUCCUCACCCAAGGUGACAGCAUUGGCAGCAGUAAAGGUGGCAGUACAGGAAGGCUCUCCAGGCCAGGUAUGGCACUAGGUGCCUCAGAAGUGUACAACCGGGUCACCUCACCCCAGUCUGUCUGGGGCCUUCUCCCUUGUACCCAGCAACAACAGCAGCAGCAACAGCAACUUCCUGCUCUCUACCCACACUCAGCACAGCCACCCUUGAAUAAUCACAUGAUCUCACGCGAUGGUCUCAGCAACCCCUUUGGACAGAUGAGUCUUAGCCACCAAGGUUCUACUGAAGCAGCUGACCCAUCCUCAGCUCUAUUACAGGCCCCCGCCCUUAUUUCCCAGCACCCUCAGCAGUCUAGCUUCAUCAUGGCUUCCCCGGGACAGCCCCUCCCCACUUCCAACUAUGCCACCUCUAGCCAUGCACCACCUGCUCAGCAAGUCCUGCCACUCCAGGGCUGUAUGUAUCCCCCUCAACAGAUCCAGGUUUCUUACUAUCCUCCUGGACAGCAUGCUAACUCCAAUUAGCAAUAUCAACCUCUCUCUUACCCGGUGGUCUAUAGGCCCCAGCAUGGUCAGCAGCUGCCUCAGCCAACCCAGAAGCCUGUACAGCCCAUGAUGCCUACUCAGCAUCAGGAGGCUUACCAAGGCAUGAUUGGGGUCCAGCAGCCCCAGAACCAGGGCCUGCUCAGCAACCAGAGGAACAGUAUGGGCCAGAUGCAAAGCCUGAUGGUUCAGUACACUCCACUGUCUUCUUACCAAGUCUCAGUGGGCAGUGACUCACAAAAUGUGGUCCAGCCACCUUUCUAGCAACCUAUGCGUCCUGUGAGUUAAUCUGUGCCAGGAGGACUCGCUGAAGCUGGCGUGCCUGUGUACUACAGCAUGAUCUCACCCAUUCAGCAGAACAGUACAAGCCCUUCGGUGGGGUUUCUGCAGCCUCCUGGCUCUGAGCAGUACCAGAUGCCUCAGUCUCCCUCUCCCUACAGUCUACCACAGAUGCUACAGCAGUACUCAGGAGUGUUACCUUCUGGACAAGGUGUGGUGGUCAUGCAGCUGAACAUCCCCAAUGGACCCCAACCUCUCCAGAACCUAUCCAUGCUCCAGUGGAAUCAUUGUAGAUAUUAUAGCAUGGACCAGCAGGGUCAGAAUCCUGGAGACCUGUGCAGUCCUGACAAACCUCAGGCCAACACACAAAUGAGCAACAACCCUGUCACUUCUCCUACUCAGUCUCCAGCACUCUGUCUUGUCACCAGCCUCAGCAACAUCUGCACAGGACUCAGUUCCCUGCCUAUCCUCACACAGUUCCCCUGGCCUGGAAGUUCAGCACAAGGUGAUGGGCGCUACUCUUUAGGCCACCCACUACAGCACAAUCUGUCCAUCUGCCCUCCCUUGCUCUGUGGUCAGUCAACACACUUGGUGCAUCAAGAAGAAAACAGAUUGAAACAUGGAAACUGGGGCAAAAGACAAGCACUCAUGUCUGCCUCCACUGACCUAUGGACAGCAGAGUUGGAUGUGACAGAUCUCCCUUAAGGCAUCACCAGUACUGAAGCAGACAAACUCUUCACUCAGCUCAUCGUGUGUGCCAAGAUCCAGUGGCUCAAAGAUGCGGGGGGGGGGGGACGGGACAACAGUGGGACUGCUGAAAACAGCUGCCUCUUGGACCUCACUGCCUUGUACACCAUCAUGGCUGUGUUCCCCAGCCCCCUGGCUGCCCAAAAUGCCUCCCUUUGCCUCAACAACUCUGUGAGUCACUUCAAACUUCAAGUGGCCAGAAAGAACUAUGACCUGAGGAUACUGGAGAGCCAGACUCCAACUGAAACAUCAGCACUCCUGGGUCUCAAGCUUGCCAACUCGGGGGCUGGGAAUACACCAUGGGUUCUCCUGGGUUUCCAGAUAGCAGCAGAUCUUGCCAUUGUCAGCCUCCAUCAGCACAUGAGCCAUUGCCUUAAAAUAAAUCUCUUUCAGCUGGGCACAGGGACGGAGCAUCUGGAUUCAGUGGUAGUGUUUGUCAGGACCUGCUUUGGGCCGACUGCGGAAGUUCCAGCCCGAGCCCUGAAAGCUCCCCACGGAGGUGGGUGGGAGCAGGGGUCCUACCGAGCCUGUGAUGACCAUCCUAGCCCUACACGUAGGAGCAGUGCAACAGCUGGGGGCUGUGCAGCAGACAGGACUGCAGAUGUGAUUUGCAGCUCCCUGCCUGGCUGUGAGCAGGCUGUGGCUGCAUUUAAAGAGAAGCAGUAUAGAUAUAAUCAAGGAAUCCACUUGGUAAACAUUAUACUGGCUCUGGCGCUGGCACCUUUCUUUCAUAUCCUACACAUGCUGCACCAGUAA